AUGGCUGCGACGGGUUAUCGGUCCCAGAGCGGGCAUGUUCGUCGCCUCUCAAACGUCGAGGCUUCGCAUACCGAUAUUAUUAGUGGCCCCAAUGUGGUCGUCCCCCCAAAGUACCUGAUGGCAAGAAGUGAUGCGUAUGAGACUGCUAAAGCGAUCGAACUCGCGAAGCAUCAUCUGGAAGAGGAAGUAUCCUCCCCUGAAGCUACACCAAGGGCCGCAUCGCCUAUUCCAGAGCAUCCCGCCACAACUACAGAUCGAUAUGCAUUCGCGUUUGAUAUUGACGGUGUUCUUGUUCGAGGAGGAAAGGCAAUCCCUGCUGCCAUCGAAGCGUUGAAGAUCCUAAAUGGGCAGAAUGAGUAUGGGAUAAAAGUGUACGUUGCUCUUAUCCUUUUAAUUUUCCUGACACUCACAUUAACGGUUCCGUUUUUUUCCAGUCCCUAUAUUUUUGUUACAAAUGGGGGUGGUAAAACAGAGGAGGAGCGUUGCCUUGACCUAAGUCGGCAACUCGAAUAUGAGGUGUCUCCUGGCCAGUUCAUCUGUGGCCACACACCUAUGCGGGAAAUGGCUGAAAAAUACAACACUGUUCUCGUUGUUGGAGGAGAGGGUGAGAAAUGCCGCCAGGUGGCCGAGGGUUAUGGUUUCAAAGAUGUGGUCACGCCGGGAGAUAUAAUAAAGUACAAUCGACACACCACUCCGUUUCGACAACUUACCGACGAAGAAUUGCAGAACUCUCGCUCAAGGGACUUUUCUGAUGUGGUUAUUGACGCAAUUUUUGUCUUUGCUGACAGCAGAGACUGGGCUGGCGACCAACAAAUCAUCCUCGAUCUGUGCAUGUCUAAAGGUGGGCGGAUAGGAACUAGGUCAGACACCUUUGAUGAAGGCCCUCCAGUGUAUUUUUCCCACAACGACAUUGUCUGGUCCACUUCACAUGAGCACACGCGGAUUGGAAUGGGCGCCUUAAGAGCCUCUGUUGAAGCUCUAUUUAAGGCUGUCGCUGGAAAAGAAUUGCGAACAAUUGCCUUUGGUAAACCCCAGCUUGGUACCUUCCAAUUUGCCACACGGCUCCUACAACAAUGGCGAAAGGAAACACACGGCAUCGACUCGCCACCAGCCACUGUGUACUUUGUUGGAGACACGCCAGAAUCUGACAUUCGGGGAACAAACGAGUACAAUGAAUCCGAUCUUUCCGAAAACCUGUGGUAUUCUAUUCUUGUCAAAACCGGUGUCUUUCAGGAGGGGACUGUUCCACGAUUCCCUCCCAAGAAAAUUUGCGAAGAUGUUCUGGCUGCUGUAAAAUUUGGCAUGAAAAGGGAACACCUUAACACCUUGAAGCAGUCCGGUACUAAUGAAGAAGUACAAGGCGCUAAUGCUAUCUCAUAG